UCUUUCAGAGCCUGCCGCCCUCUGCCUUCCUCAUCUCCCUCUCUUUUCUCCCACGGCCCAUCUGCCCCUCCUUUCCUCCAUUCCCCUCUCCGCUCCCCUUUAUUUCCACUCCCCACCCGCAGAGCUUGGCUCUCCUCCCUUCCUCCCUCUCCCUCUCUCUCCCCCUCGGCUUGUCUGUAUUUGGAGCUCCCGGAAGCCGCCGGCCACUCUCCCCAGGAGCGGCGUGACUGACACCGACUCCUACUCGGGGGAGGAGGAGGGGAGGAGGGCAGGCGGGAGGAGGGCGUGAGGGGCCGAGCAACGGAUCGGCAUCGCCCAGGACCAGACCGCAGGACCCCCAAACAGGAUGGCAGAGAUGCAGGGGCUUAUGGAAAGACUGGAGCAGGCCGUCGGUCGACUGGAGUCGCUGUCUGCAGGGUUACACCGGCCUCCUGGGGACUGUGGGGAAAUUAACGGUGUCAGCGGAGGUGUGGCACCCUCGGUGGAGGCCUUUGAUAAGCUGAUGAACAGCAUGGUGGCUGAGUUUUUAAAGAAGAGUAGGAUCCUGGCUGGUGACGUGGAGACUCAUGCAGAAAUGGUGCAUAGUGCUUUCCAGGCCCAGCGAGCUUUCCUUCUGAUGGCCUCUCAGUACCAACAACCCCAAGAGAACGAUGUGGCUGCACUUCUGAAACCAAUAUCGGAAAAGAUUCAGGAGAUCCAAACUUUCAGAGAGAGAAACCGGGGGAGUAAAAUGUUUAAUCAUCUCUCGGCCGUCAGCGAAAGCAUCCCUGCCCUUGGGUGGAUAGCUGUGUCCCCCAAACCCGGUCCUUAUGUCAAGGAGAUGAAUGAUGCUGCCACCUUUUACACUAACAGGGUCUUAAAGGACUACAAACACAGUGAUUUACGCCAUGUGGAUUGGGUAAAGUCGUAUUUGAACAUAUGGAGUGAGCUUCAAGCAUACAUCAAGGAACACCACACUGCAGGCCUUACUUGGAGCAAAACAGGUCCAGUAGCAUCAACCGCAUCAGCGUUGUCUGUCCUCUCCGUUGGGCCUGGCCUUCCUCCACCUCCACCUCCUCCAGGGCCACCUCCACCCUUUGAUAGUGAGGGCAGAAGAGAGGAGUCUUCUCCUUCACGCUCAGCUUUAUUUGCACAACUUAACCAAGGGGAAGCAAUUACAAAAGGGCUCCGGCAUGUUACUGAUGACCAGAAGACAUACAAGAAUCCCAGCCUCCGGGCUAACGGAGGACAAACUCCAUCUCCUACCAAAAGCCACACUCCAGGCCCCAAGUCUCCCCAGUCUCAUCCUCCUAAGAAACAUCCUCCUGUGUUAGAGUUGGAAGGGAAGAAAUGGAGAGUGGAAUACCAAGAGGACAGGAAUGACCUUGUGAUUUCAGAGGCUGAACUGAGACAGGUGGCUUACAUUUUCAAAUGCAGCAAGUCUACUCUACAGAUAAAAGGGAAAAUAAAUUCCAUUACAAUUGACAGCUGUAAGAAGUUUGGCCUUGUGUUUGACAAUGUGGUGGGCAUUGUGGAAGUGAUCAACUCCAAGGACAUUCAGAUGCAGGUGAUGGGGAAAGUGCCAACAAUUUCCAUUAAUAAGACAGAAGGCUGCCACAUAUACCUCAGUGAAGAUGCGUUAGACUGUGAGAUCGUGAGUGCCAAGUCAUCUGAGAUGAAUAUACUUAUCCCUCGGGACGGUGAUUAUAGAGAAUUUCCCGUUCCUGAACAGUUCAAGACAGCAUGGGAUGGAUCCAAGUUGGUCACUGAACCUGCAGAAAUUAUGGUUUCUGAGAGACCCCCGAACCCCCUGACCUGAAUCCCCCCCAUCAAAAAAACAAACAAAUAAAAGCAGCAUUAAAGACCUAGAAGUUGCAGUAGCACCUACUGCUUUAGCUUUGGCCUCCAACAAUUCUGUGCUAUAGAAACAGCAUAAUUUCUGGCACGCCUUCGUGGGCAUUUUGGCAUAUUUAACGUUUCUUCAUGAUUUGCCUUUGUGUGUGAUUUGAGUUCCACAUGAUGACUUGUGAGCGUUAUACAUUUAAAGGAAAAAAAAGAGAACUCUGUUCCCCUCAUAUCAUUAUCACAGUAGUUAAGAGGUAAAAAUAUUGCAUGACUCACUUUUACACUUACAUUUAAUUGCUAGUUGAUAAAUAAAACCUUUGAGAAUCUAAGAUGUACAUUUUUAUCUUUCAGACAAUUUCCAUAUAUUUGGUGGUAUGCUCUAAAAAAUGUACGAUUUUUGUUUUCUUCUUUUUACCACCUUUAUCAGCAUGAAUACACUGUCAGCCUGAAUACAUAUUUCAACCCAUGUUUUUAAAACAACAUAAGUUCCGUACUAAGAACCACAUCCAGUUUCUUGGUCCUUGAAAAGACCUUUAUUCUUUGCAGUUACCAGAAACCAAAAGUAAACUCUAAUGAUUUAUCUUAAAUACUUUUCUGCCAUGUCACUUGGAAAACUUUUACUUUUCUGAGAUUUUUUUUUUUUUUUUUUUUUUUUUUGCGGUACGCGGGCCUCGCACUGUUGUGGCCUCUCCCGUUGCAGAGCACAGGCUCCGGACAUGCAGGCUCAGCGGCCAUGGCUCACGGGCCCAGCCGCUCCACAGCAUGUGGGAUCUUCCCAGACCGGGGCAUGAACCCGUGCAUCAUCAGGCGGACUCUCAACCACUGCGCCACCAGGGAAGCCCUACUUUUCUGAGAUUUUUAUGCCAAAAGAUUGAUAGGAAAAAGCAGGGUGUUUUUUGCUCUAUAAUACCUCACAAUGUUGCUCUAGGAACAAGCUCAGUUGUUAUUUUCCAAUUUUGAACCUGUGAAAUAUCAGAUGCCUUGUAAGUGAUGUCUUUAAUGUUUUAUUAUAGACUUUCUUCUUUUCCACUUGCCAGACUCGCUAGCCAGUCUCAAAAAUGAAAAUGAAAAAGCCGUAGUUAUAUUACAACUUCUAAAGCCUAAGGGAUUGUUUGUUGGCUUGGCUUGCCGCUCCUGUUUUGCAGUGUUGAUAGUACAUGCUUUUUCAACGCGAGAGUAACUCUGAUACUCCUUUCUGUCUUGUUAGUACAUAGUGCUGAAAACCUGCAACUUCUUGGAUUACAUGUAAUGAAUUUUAGUAUAAUGCUUGCAGACCCAAUACAAGCAUAUAUAUUGUGCCUAGUACAGCCUUUGGAAUACAUCAUUUCCAUUUUUUAAAUAUCUUCUAUAACCGUAUAGUAUUCAAAUUAGUAAUGCUUGUGUACCACAGUUUUGCUAGAAAAGUUUUUGUCCGUAUGAAGAAUGUUGUGGCUUUAGUAAAUACCUUUUUUUCAGCUGUAAACUUAUUCUGAAAUAAAGUAAAAUUCUAAUUGUUUAAA